GAGGACAGGGCGGGGCCUGGCAAGGGUGGCCAGGCCUGAAGGACGUGGGGACAUGGGCCAGAGAGGCCAGACCCAUACACCGACAGAAGCAAACCUGAGCUGUGCUGACUAAACCCCAGGAUGGCGGAAGCACACCAGGCGGUAGCUUUCCAGUUCACUGUGACCCCAGACGGGGUCGACUUCCGGCUUAGUCGGGAGGCUCUGAGACACAUCUACCUGUCUGGAAUCAACUCCUGGAAGAAACGCCUUAUUCGAAUCAAGAAUGGCAUCCUUAGGGGUGUGUACCCUGGCAGCCCCACCAGCUGGCUGGUUGUUGUCAUGGCAACAGUUGGUUCCAACUACUGCAAGGUGGACAUCUCCAUGGGGCUGGUCCAUUGCAUCCAGAGAUACCUCCCAGAAAGGUAUGGCCCCUAUGGGACCCCACAGACCCAGACACUUCUCAGCAUGGUCAUCUUCUCCACCGGAGUCUGGGCGACAGGCAUUUUCUUUUUCCGACAAACCCUGAAGCUGCUGCUCUCCUACCAUGGGUGGAUGUUCGAGAUGCACAGCAAGACCAGCCAUGCCACCAAGAUCUGGGCUAUCUGUGUCCGUCUCCUGUCCAGCCGGCGGCCUAUGCUCUACAGCUUCCAAACGUCACUGCCUAAGCUUCCUGUCCCCAGCGUGCCAGCCACAAUUCACCGGUACUUGGAUUCUGUGCGGCCCUUAUUGGAUGAUGAAGCAUAUUACCGCAUGGAGACACUGGCCAAGGAAUUCCAGGACAAAACUGCCCCCAGGCUGCAGAAAUACCUGGUGCUCAAGUCAUGGUGGGCAACUAACUAUGUGAGUGACUGGUGGGAAGAGUACAUCUACCUCCGAAGCAGGAGCCCCCUCAUGGUGAACAGCAACUAUUAUGCCAUGGAUUUUGUGCUUAUUAAGAACACAAAUGUGCAAGCAGCCCGUCUGGGCAAUGCCGUUCACGCCAUGAUCAUGUAUCGCCGCAAACUGGACCGUGAAGAGAUCAAGCCAGUAAUGGCACUGGGUAUGGUGCCCAUGUGCUCCUACCAGAUGGAGAGGAUGUUCAACACUACACGCAUUCCAGGCAAAGAGACAGACUUGCUACAGCACCUCUCAGAAAGCAGGCACGUGGCUGUCUACCACAAAGGUCGCUUCUUCAAGGUCUGGCUCUACGAGGGCUCGCGCCUGCUCAAACCCCGAGACCUAGAGAUGCAGUUCCAGAGAAUCCUCGACGACUCUUCCCCACCUCAGCCUGGGGAGGAGAAGUUGGCAGCCCUCACCGCAGGGGGAAGGUGCCCAGGCUCUGGAGGGAGGGUUUGUCCAGGCCCAGGUUUAAAAGGCUUCAUUAGAAAAAAAAAAAAAGCUUGGUGGUUCGACAAAUCUUUCACUCUCAUCUCCUUCAAGAAUGGCCUGUUGGGUCUCAACACCGAACACUCAUGGGCAGACGCGCCCAUCAUUGGGCAUCUCUGGGAGUUCGUCCUGGGCACCGAAACCUUUCACCUGGGCUACACGGAGACAGGACACUGUGUGGGUGAGCCAAACACCACGUUGCCACCCCCUCAGCGGCUGCAGUGGGACAUUCCCGAGCAGUGCCAGGAAGCCAUCGAGAACUCGUACCAAGUAGCCAAGGCACUGGCCGAUGACGUGGAGCUCUACUGCUUCCAGUUCUUACCCUUUGGCAAAGGCCUUAUCAAGAAGUGUCGGACCAGCCCUGACGCUUUUGUGCAGAUUGCUCUACAGCUGGCUCAUUUCCGGGACAAAGGCAAGUUCUGCCUGACUUAUGAGGCCUCAAUGACAAGAAUGUUCCGAGAGGGGCGGACUGAAACCGUGCGUUCCUGUACCAAUGAGUCCUCAGCCUUUGUGAAGGCCAUGGUGAAGGGGUCCCAUAAGAAACAAGACCUCCAAGAUCUCUUCCGGAAAGCCUCCGAAAAACACCAAAACAUGUACCGCCUAGCCAUGACUGGGGCUGGGAUCGACAGGCACCUCUUCUGCCUUUACAUCGUCUCCAAGUACUUAGGAGUUAGCUCUCCUUUCCUGGCUGAGGUGCUUUCUGAACCCUGGAGCCUCUCCACCAGCCAGAUCCCCCAGUUCCAGAUCUGCAUGUUUGACCCAAAACAGUACCCCAAUCAUCUGGGUGCCGGAGGUGGCUUUGGUCCCGUGGCAGAUGAUGGCUACGGGGUCUCUUACAUGAUUGCAGGAGAAAACACCAUGUUCUUCCAUAUCUCCAGCAAGUUCUCAAGUUCAGAGACGAACGCCCAGCGCUUUGGGAACCACAUCCACCAAGCACUGUUGGACAUCGCUGAACUUUUCAAAAUUUCCAAGACAGACAGCUGAGGACAAGAAAAACCCCAGCUGCCCUCUGGUCCCCACCUGGUGGAGGAAGAGGCUGUGGCCAGCUCACAGGCAUAAGGGGUGGCAUGCACACACACCAGUUCGGAGAACAGCUCUGGAGGCAGUGCUCCCCGGAGGAGCCAGUGCUCCCCAUGCAGAUACUGCUCCUCUAGAGCCCCACUGGAGGUGGGAUUGGAGCAACAAGGGAAUUUUGAUUUUUUUUUUUUUUUGGCUUGGUAGAUGCUAACAAAAAUAAGGCUGUAUAAUUCUUUUUUUGGCUGUUAGGUGCCUAUGUUUUUAUUAGAGAAUGAUAAGGCCCUUUCCUGCCCCAGCUCAGGCUAGGAUGGCAGCGAUGAAAGGGGUAGGAGAAUGUUCAUAAUGGGCUUCUUACCUGCUUUGAAAUGGGUGCUCUUCUUGAAUAAUGUGGAUUUCGAGAGCUCUGUCCAACCUCUUAUGUGCACUUGGAAUAAAUUCUUACUUUAGAACCUU